AGAGUGGCGACUUCUGUGAGACAUGGAUAGAUGCAAACAUGUAGGGCGGUUACGGCUCGCCCAGGACCACUCCAUCCUGAACCCUCAGAAGUGGUGCUGCAUGGAGUGCGCCACCACCGAGUCUGUGUGGGCUUGCCUCAAGUGCUCCCACGUGGCCUGUGGCCGCUACAUUGAGGACCACGCACUGAAACACUUUGAAGAGACUGGACACCCGCUAGCCAUGGAGGUCCGGGAUCUCUACGUGUUCUGUUACCUGUGCAAGGACUACGUGCUCAAUGAUAACCCGGAGGGGGACCUGAAGCUGCUCAGAAGCUCCCUCCUGGCAGUCCGGGGCCAGAAGCAGGACCAGCCCGCGAGACGCGGGCGGACGCUGCGGUCCAUGGCUUCGGGCGAGGACGUGGUCCCGCAGCAGCGCGCUCCUCAGGGACAGCCGCAGAUGCUCACGGCUCUGUGGUACCGGCGCCAGCGCCUGCUGGCCAAGACGCUGCGGCUGUGGUUCGAGAAGAGCUCCCGGGGCCGGGCGAAGCUGGAGCAGCGGCGGCGGGAGGAGGCGCUGGAGCGCAAGAAGGAGGAGGCGCGGCAGCGGCGGCGCGAAGUGAAGCGGCGGCUGCUGGAGGAGCUGGCCAGCGCCCCUCCGCGCAAGAGCGCGCGGCUGCUCCUGCACGCGCCCCGCGACGCGGCCGGCGCCGCGGCGCCGCCCGCCCCUUACUCACGCCGCGCGCCCGCCGCCGCGCUCACCGCGCGCCAGCCGGCCGUGGCCCCGGGCGUCACCGGCCUGCGCAACCUGGGCAACACCUGCUACAUGAACUCUAUCCUCCAGGUGCUCAGCCACCUCCAGAAGUUCCGAGAAUGUUUCCUGAACCUUGACCCUUCCAAAACGGAACACCUCUUUCCCAAAGCCCCAACGGGAAGGCUCAGCUCUCUAGCGGCCGGCCAGCAGCUCGGCAGACCUGUCCUCGAGAGCGACAGGCCGAGGCGGUGCGAGCGGAGGGCUCUGCUGGAAUGGUGGCGUCUCAUCAGCCGGAGCCUGGAGCUCACAAACAAGGAGCCGAGCUCGAAGCACAUUUCCCUCUGCCGCGAACUGCACACCCUCUUCCGAGUCAUGUGGUCCGGGAAGUGGGCCCUGGUGUCGCCCUUUGCCAUGCUUCACUCUGUGUGGAGCCUGAUCCCUGCCUUCCGUGGCUAUGACCAGCAGGAUGCGCAGGAAUUUCUCUGCGAGCUGCUGCACAAAGUGCAGCAGGACUCGAGUCAGGGCACGCGGUCCAUUCUCAUCCCCUUCUCCCAGAGAAAGCUCACCAAACAGGUCUUAAAGGUGGUGAAUACCAUAUUUCAUGGGCAGCUGCUCAGUCAGGUCACAUGUGUAUCAUGCAAUUACAAAUCCAAUACUAUUGAGCCCUUUUGGGAUCUGUCUUUAGAAUUCCCUGAACGCUAUCACUGCAUAGAAAAGGGGUUUGUCCCUUUGAACCAGACAGAGUGCCUGCUCACUGAGAUGCUGGCCAAGUUCACAGAGACAGAGGCCCUGGAAGGGAGAAUCUACGCUUGUGACCAGUGUAACAGCAAACGACGAAAAUCCAAUCCAAAACCCCUUGUUCUGAGUGAAGCUAGAAAGCAGUUAAUGAUCUACAGACUACCUCAGGUCCUCCGGCUACACCUUAAAAGAUUCAGGUGGUCUGGCCGUAAUCAUCGAGAGAAGAUUGGGGUCCAUGUCGUCUUUGACCAGGUAUUAACCAUGGAACCUUACUGCUGCAGGGACAUGCUCUCCUCUCUUGACAAAGAGACCUUUGCCUAUGAUCUCUCCGCAGUGGUCAUGCAUCACGGGAAAGGGUUUGGCUCAGGACACUACACAGCCUAUUGCUACAACACAGAGGGAGGUUUUUGGGUCCACUGCAAUGACUCAAAGAUGAAUGUAUGCAGUGUCGAGGAAGUGUGCAAAACCCAGGCCUACAUCCUUUUUUACACUCAAAGAACAGUGCAGGGCAAUGCAAGAAUCUCAGAAACCCAACUCCAAGCUCAGGUGCAGUCCAGCAACAACGAUGAAGGCAGACCACAGACACUCCUCUGACUGGGAGGCAUGUAUCAAAGACUGACUUGCUUUUAAACUAUUGGUGUCCAUACAUCUUUCCUCUUGUAGGAAGUAAGGCUUACUGCAGGAACAGAUUACUAGGUUUGCCUCACUGGGUCUUGAGUAGAAGGUUCCAGGUGAUUCAUGUCCUACUAUAAAUUUUAUAGUUACUUUCUUUUGAAAUUGAUUUGGAAAUUCCCUCCUUUCAUAAAAACAAAUCAAAAGGAAUAACUUCUAUUCAUCAGUUGCUUGUGAAUAUAAAGGGAUCUAGAUGAAGGAAAGGGGGUAAAUUGAUCAUAUCCAUGCAGGAAAGCAGCCAUGUUUUCUCUCCAUUGUGCGAUUCCCUUGCUAAUCAAGACCUCGUUAGAACACCAGAAGAACCCUCCAGAUGUGAGCAGCCCUGGAUAAAGCACAUGAGGGUGGCCCUGGGCUGGCAGCUUGCUAGAUAGGAUUGGUUCCAAGGUGGGAGAUGAAGUCUAAGGAUUUAUCCCCACAAAGGAAGUAACCCUCAAGGGUUAAAGACUUGUGUACUUCCCUUUUUAAGGGCUGGCAGUUGAAGUGAGUGAGAUGCAUGGAGCAAAUUACCCCAUGCAAAAUGGGAGGGUUUUCAUGUGUUGUACCCUCAGUGGCUGCUGCUGUAAUUUAAUCAUUUUAAACCUCUUGAGACUGGCAUGAAUACUCCAUUCUAAAAAAGGGGCAAUUCAUAUAAAGAAGCAAUAGACUCGUGUAUGUUCUUUGUUGCAUGCUGAGCCAAAGGGCACUUCUAGCCAUCCCUGUUCUAAAGCAGAUUCCUGGUGCAGGUCUAGGGCAGGCACAUGAUUUGGUUUAAAUUGGUCCUUAGAUCAGUGGUCUGAGGCUUUCUCAGAACUCAGUCGAGGGUGGGCAGGGAUAGUUGGUGGUCCAGGGCUUAUUUGAAUGCCUGUCACCUGUUCUCAUCUUGGUAUAUAGCACACAGCUUCUUAGCCUACAGCUUUCUUGCUCCUGGAGAGCUAGAACAUCCAUGUUCACAAGAUUUGGUAGUUUUUGCUUUCCCAGGAUAUGGGAACUGCUUAGGAAUCUAACCCCUACAUGUCCGGACAGUUUAUUGCUGAUGGCCUUGGCCUGUUUCCUCCCAAAUCUGAUAAUCCCUAUUGUUGCUUUACCUCUCUAUACUCAAUCUAUCAGAGAAAAAAGCAAGACUGCCCUUUUACUCCAGUGCUAGUGAUAUACAUCUUUCUUUUUAAAUUGGCUCAGUUUCUAAAUAGAAUGAAAUUGCCUACACAAAACCUGCCCAUCAGGCACCACUGAGUUUCCCUUAUUUUUUUAAUAGACACUGUCCCUGAGGAUGAAUUCCCCUUCUUAAUCCUUCACUUACUUAGACUUGCCAGUGAAACUGAAAGCAAACCCUAACUCUCGUUGCUGUGGUUGCUGCAGUGAGCCUGAGCCUGUCACUAUGAAUGCUCAUCUUUUGACUGAGUAUAUCAUAUUAAUGUUUGAAUUCAGGUAGAAGUACAGUUGUCACUUGAAGGGAGUAGAUGUGGAAGGGAGUUUGGGGAGGGGUGGGAAGUGGGGAAAGUGAGGCUAAAGAAUGAGGGUCAUAGCUUUAGCAAUGUUGAUGAGCCACAUUUCCCGAACAGAUCUGUAGCAUUUGCUGUUGACCUCUUUUUGAGAUGAACUCUCCCAUAGGACCUGCCAGGUAGCACUGAGACAUGGAGGAAAUUCAGACAAAAAAUGGCCCACCCUGAUAGGGAAGGAGUUGACUAUAUUUUAAAUUAAACUUGCUUUU